AUGAUUCCUAAAUCCAAAUUAUGUUUAUAACAAGAAUUGGAACUACCUUCCCCUUAAACUAAGCCUACACAAAGAAAUGCAGAAAUAAUUAAUUUAGUUUAAGAUUCAAUUAGCAAUUAGUGGAUGAUUAGAUUGCAAAAUAUUCCUGUAGGAAUUAUGAUUGUGAAAAAGGAGAAUUUGUAAAUCAUGUUUUAAAAUCAAUCUCUUUUGUAAAUGUUCUAAGGAGUCAAGGAUGUUUAAACAUAUUUAAUGAACGAGUUGCAAUUUAAACUCCAGAUAAAAAGAAAGAAAAAGUAAGGGAGAGAAUCUAGUAUCAGACUGCCAAAACAACCAAAUAGUAGUUUAUCUUAGGUUUAUAGUUGUAGCAAAGUUACAAGUUUAUAAAAUAUGCCAAAUACCCUACAAGAGAUUCUAACAGAACUAUAAAACGGGAGCUUGGACUAGUUUUAAUCAAAGGAGAAUCAUUUGGAAUUACUAGGUCAAACAGCAAAGAAUAAAUCAGCUUAAUUAUUUGAAGAUGAUACGAUUCGUAAAAUCUAAUGCAAAAUAUUUUGUGGUUAGAAUGACAAAGAGUAUCUAAUUAUAAUGGAUGAUAUCUCAUUGCAGAGUUAUUUAUAGAAAUUGGAGACAAGAGAAAAAUUUUAAGUUAGUGUUAUUGAUUCUUUCUCUCAUGAAUUGCGAACUCCUUUAAAUAGUGCUAAGUUAUUUCUAGAUGCUCUACUAAAUGACCCAUAAAUUUAGGAAACUUAUAAAACUAAUUGUAUAGAACCAGCAGCAAAUGCUUUAAAAUUAUAGGCUUAUUUAAUUCGAGAUAUUAUAGAUUUUACUCAAUUUCAUUCAAAUGUGAUUAAGUACAAUAUUCAAGAAUUCAAUUUUGAAAAUAUUAUCUAAGAAAUUAAUGAUAUUUUUAGACCAAUUUGUACAAUAAAGAAUUUAGGAUUGCACAUCGUCGUAAAGAAUUCAGUUCCACCUCAUAUUGAGUCUGACUUUGAUAGAAUAAUGCAAAUUUUGGUUAAUCUAAUAUAAAAUUCAAUAAAAUAUUCUGUAAGAGGAUUGAUAACUUUGGAAAUAUCUAGUACUGAAAGAACCAUGACAUUUUGUAUCAAGGACUAAGGAAUAGGAAUACCAUAAAACAAAUUAUAUCAAAUCUAAUAGUUUUUAAAGUCCUUUAAUGAAAGUAGAGACUUUUCUAGUUAGGAUGAGUGGGAGGGUUUCGGACUGCUUGUCAGUUAGAUGAAUUUGUUGAAAUUGGCCCCAUAGAACAAAAGUCAACUAAGAAUAACAUCACGUGAUAAUAUAGAAGGGUGCUAAGUGACAUUUAAGAUUCGAACUGCCCAAUCAACAAACACACAGAUUUUAAGAGCUAACACUCUUUAGAGAACAUAUCUGAAAUGUGCCUAAACUGUACCUGAUUUAUGCAUGGGGAUACAAGGAAUUUUGAUAAUCAAUAAUCCUCAACCAGAUAAUUCGAUUUUCGAGACAUCAAUAUAAUAAAUUCCAAUUCGACAACAACAUUCUAUUGCUAAUUAUUUCAAACCAUAACAGUCCUCUGGAAUAUUUAAUUAAGGUGGUUAAUAAGAGACUGAUUUAAUAGAUGAUUUAGAUUCAGAAAGGACCAAUCCAGAAGUUAAUUUAUUAAAAUUAAAUAGUCAAAGUAUACACACAGCAUUAAUAGCGUAAAAUACUGAAACAAAAGAUCGAUAGAGUAAGAGGAGAAGGCAAUCUUCAUUUAGUAUAUCUGAUUUAGAUGGCUCUUCAAGUAAUCGACCAAAUACUCUUGUAUCUAGGUUAAUUUAGAGAGAGGAGAAGGAAAUAGAGAUGGAAGAAUAAUUUUAAAACAUAAGAUUUCCAUGCAAAUGCUCAAGAAUUUUGAGUGUUGAUGAUGACAUCUUCAAUCAGAAGGCUUUGUAGGUAAUAAUUACUCAGAUGGGUUUUAAAUUGUAAAUUGUAUGUAUUUUUUGUUUAUAUUUAGGCGUACAAUGGUUAAUAAGCAAUAGAUGUUAUUGAGAAGACAGAGAAGUGUUCUGAUACUUGCUAGUUAUUCUAUUUUAUUUUAAUGGAUUGUUAGAUGCCAAUAAUGGAUGGAUGGACAACUACGAAGGUGUUGAUGGGCAUGAUUGAAGACAAUCUUAUACCUGACAUACCUAUAAUUGGGUUGACAGCCUUUAAUUCAGCCGAAGAUAUUGAAAGGUGUAUUGAGGUCGGAAUGAGGGAAGUCUUCACAAAACCAUUGAAUAUCAGUUUGCUUAAACAAGUAUUACUAAAGCUAAUUAAUUGA